UAUGUCCCGAACUAUUGCAAUCACUGCAAAUUCAUUGGACACUCUACCUCCAAUUGUGGGAAAUACAAAUCCCACCUCGAGGAAAAGGCCAAAGGCAAGAAACCUGCCGGACAAGACGGGACCAUGGGGACCACCGUUCGAACACCAAACAAAAGAAAAAGAGCACAAAAGUAAGAAGGGGGUAGACAUCAAUAAAGAGCAAGUAGAGAACCAUGAGCCUAAAAAAAUGUGGGUGGUGGAGAAACAACAAAAGAAAGGAGAUGAAUUAGAGGGAAAUGGGGAUUGUGAAAAGGGCAAAGAGACGGAGGCCACUAUGAAUGCCGACUCACCCUCCUCUCCAUCCGGGGACUCAGAACACCAAAUCCUUGAGCCCCUCCAGAUAACGAUGAUGACUCCUUCCAAGUGUGUUCAGAUGCCUCCUCGUAGAGAACCAGAUCACCAGGAACUCCCACAGGCCACAGUGGUCGCCCAGUUUCGCGACUACCAUCCAGAAAAGUUUUCCGGCCAAGGAGAUCCUCGUAUAGUAGAUGAAUGUGUUCAGGGCCUCGAGAUUGUUUUCGAGGUCAUGAACUGCCCUGAUCGUUAUCGCAUGUUAUGUGCCCAGAUCCAGCUGACCGGUGAUGCCCGACUCUGGUGUCAUGCCUAUUGGAGUAUGCGUCCCGGUGAAAAAGACGGUUGUACGUGGGACCAAUUCAAGGAGCUAAUUCGAGAGAAGUAUUAUCCCUCGUAUUACCGAGCAGACAUGGAGCGCCAGUUCUUGGCACUCACCCAGGGUACUCGUUCUGUCGACGAGUACGAAAGAGAGUUUACCCGUCUCGGAGCCUUUGUACCUGAUCUUGUGGGUACGGAGGCGAAGAGAGCCCACCGUUUCACCGACGGAUUUCGCCCAGCAGUCCGCCACAACAUCAUAGGUCACGGAGUCCAGACCUACGCCUGCACAGUUGCCAUUGCACAAGAAGUCGAUGCCAGUAUCCGACGAGAAGCCGCCCAGACAUCAGUCCAGCCAGUUGCUCAGCCACCAGCCCAGCCCAAAGUUGCCCAACCAUCAACAAACAAGAAUAAAAUGAAGUUCAAAGGGGGUCCAGACAAUCGCAGAAACCGCCAAAGACAGAAAACAAUACCAGAAUGCCCAACAUGCGGGAAACACCACCGUGGAGAAUGCCUCGUGGGCCAGAAU